AUGUCAUUGCAAGAGCGAGUAUCCCAAGGCACAGAACCACCGCCGUCAACCGGCCCAAAGGGCCAUCCUCUACCUCGUCGCACAUCGCCAGGGAAUUCGAUAACCUUGAAACACCAUCGACUCGCCCGCGAUGCUUCUCUCAGAGCGAGUCCCGGCUCUUCGCCGGCGGCGAACGCAAGCAACGACACAAGUUCCCCACGACGCAAUUCUUCCGGGGAAAGUCACGAAACUGGCCAAAGCGACCCGAAACACUGGUUUGAUCAAUCAAACCAGAACCCAACCGCAACUUUCGACAACAACAUCAUGGAUGUUGAUCCCCCGUUUUUCCAGAAAGAGUCAGAUUCGUCAAAUGAAGACAAACCUUACCAGUUCCAAAACCCACCUCCUCCGCGCCUUCCGACCGGCCAGAGCAGUAGCGCGGAUGAUUACCGUAGCGUAAUCGAUGAUCUGACUGUGGAAAUUCAAAAAUUGAAGGAAGAACUCAAACGAUAUAAGCAAAAGGGACCCGAAAUGCUAAGGAAGGACAAACUUUUCGAGAUCAAAUAUCACGGGCUUCCCAAGCGCAAAAGGCGAGAACUGGAAACUACACUACGAGAUUUCGCCGCUAGCUUUGACGAUUCCCCAGAUGUAUCAUCAUCCCAGCGAAAGAAGUCCUCGAGACACGCCACUCGAGACCACAUGUAUUCGGCUUCUGGGUCUGCCUCAAAGCAUGCCUCCUCCUCGUCCGGUUCCAAUGCUAGACCAGUCGACUCUGCCUAUGCGUCUAUGUCUAGCGGUGCAAAUUCUUCUGGAGUUUCGCUUGGACGCCCGAACAUGAGUUCACGAGUUCGAUCCGACCAAAAGGUGGAAAAUUACCUGCGCGAUAUCCCUGAAGGUUUAUAUCCACGGCACAUGAUUCUGACGGACCGGGACCGAAAGAAAUUAGUAGUCAGGCGCCUCGAGCAAUUAUUUACUGGCAAAAUAGGCGGUCGGCAUGCUCGACAGGCGAAAAAAUCCCAAAUAGACGUUCCCGGCACUGGACUGGGAGACAGUGAAACUCAUCCGCCUGCAGCUAAAGAUCAGCCCGCUCCCACCAAAACCGCUGUUACUGACUCUGCAACCCUGGUUCCAGAGCCAUCAAGAGAAGCCAAAAUCUUACUACCAGACCAACAGUCCGGCCAGUCUUGCAAGAAGAGUCGAUCACGAGAUAAUGGGUCGGCUUCUAACUCCAAUGGCGACCAGACGGAGUCUGGUGGAAACGGUAACAGCAGUGGCUCCGGAACGAACACCUCGCCAACGCAACCACCAGUCUCUGAUCAGCGACCUACUCGCGUAAAGGACUUGGACCCAGAUCGGGCUCAAGUUCCUUCGGAGAACAUGGAGUAUAUUCGACACCUGGGCUUGGUUCCACCUGAACUCAUUACGGAAUCGAAUCAAGACAACUUGGAUGUCCAACCAGACGCUGAGGGCUGGGUGUACCUGAAUCUGUUGUGCAACCUGGCACAGCUGCACAUCAUUAAUGUUACCCCAAGCUUUGUGCGAUCUGCGGUGAACGAGAUUAGCACAAAGUUUCAGCUCUCUCCCGACGGCCGCAAAAUUCGAUGGCGCGGCGGGCACGAAGGCACUAGAUUUUCCAGCGAUAGUUCGAAUGAGGGUUCUCACAAGAAUGCGAAUAGUGAAGAUUCAGACUCUGGGCAGCGCAAAAGGCAAAAGACUGGCAACUCGACAGGAGACGACGUUCGAUCGGGUGGAAGCUCCAAAAGUCGCUCCAAGUUUGGCCCCCAGGUUUCCACGUCAUCGGACAGCUUUCACUAUAAGCCGCUUUUUGUUCGCAAUGGCUCUCCCAAUGGGGAAGAGUCCUUAGACGAGACUCUGUCUUCCUUUGGACCCAUUGAUGACAGCAAUAUAGAUGAUUCCCGGUGGGGGCUGAGUGGCUCUGGGACGUCUAAUCGCCGGAAGAGACGUCAUGACGGUGCCAUCAUAUACUACAGCGGCGCACCAUUCUGUACUGAUCUCUCCGGGGAUCCGGGUGACACGUCUCCUGCAACAUAUAUGCUCUCAAGCGGCCAGGAUCGACAAGAUAGUCACUCUCGUUGCCCCCAACCCACGUUACAACGGUCUGCGUCCGGGUCAUCUCUGGGGUAUCGGCCAUUGAGUGAGAUGUAUAGCCAUGACUCAGGGUUGAAGAUGGACGUCGACGGCAGUGACAGUGUGCCGGACCUUACAACUGACUCGGAUUGUGAGUCCAGCAUCCCCGAAGCCGCAUUUCCAUGUCCAUGGCCGUCUAGACAACAGUACAUUGAGGUGCAUACGCUGGAGCCUUGCGGACUCGGCGGUGUGAUGCCGGAUGACCACUUCAUGGUGGUUGUCACGACGAAACGGCCCGUCAAGGACGCGGCAGUAUCAGGACCAAAACUUGCAUUGCGUCGAAAAUCUGAUGAGGCUACCGAGUUUAUCGUUGGUCGCCUAGCAAGCAUGUCAACCUCAUCGCCUGUCCCACUCGGGACAAGUCAGCAGAGCUCUUAUCCCCUCGAAAUCGACUACAUGUCCGGCAGGAUCAAGCGUCUCGCGCCAGUACCGCUGCCUCCGCCAGUAAUCUUCCUCCCACCCUUUAGUACGGACACUUCAAGCCUGGGAGACAGCGAGUUUGGCUCUGAAGAUGAUGACGGCGCCCUAGAAUCGUCUGAAGAGCUGAUGAGCCGAGCCGUUAACCCACACCAGUCAGACGGCUACCCGGACGGUGUGGACUUGAGUAGCGGUGAUGAAGACGGUGAAGAGCCGGAAUCAGAUGACAUUGCUCACCAGAUGUAUGAUCAGAUGGACACUGAAGAUCGGCCAGACUUCACCCGGUCCAUGAAGCGCCCAUCCGUUAGCAGCGCGGAGGCUGCACCGGGAAGCGUGCGGCGCCGCAGCAAAAGUGCAAGCGCUGAUCCAAUGCUGCGAACUGGCGGCAGUUCAGCUGCAACCGCUGGGGGAGUGGAAAGCGGUUACAGCAGCGAUGAGGAAAGUUAA